AUGGAAAUAGACAUACUCCUUCCCAAACUACAUUUGCAAAUUACCUCUGUGUUCCAAAGGGAAGCAAUAAUCGCUGUAACAAGAGAAGCUCGGCAGCCACGCCUUCCUGCUGGCCUGACAAGUUGCAAACGGAGGCGCCAGAGUCGUCGCCCCCCGCCCCACACCCUGACUUGCCUCGGCAGGAGGCGCCUUUGGGAGCAGCAGGCUCCGAGCUGCUGCCACUCCCCAGAGACGGGGCAAGAAGCACCCGAGUCCUCUCCCGCCCGGACUCUCAGCUACCACAGCCCCACGCCCAGCGGGGCAUUUUGCGGGGGGGUCUCGGCCCCAGCCAGAGAACAGGAGCCGGGUCCCCCCUUCGGCAGGCAGGGCCGCCCCUCACCUUCACAGGUCGGGCAGCGCGAGUGUCCGAGCUGCCGCCGCCCUGGGCAUGUCCGGGAGAGUCACGGAGAGGCGCCUCCCAGGCCGGGCUUAGCUCUUUGCGGCUGCUGCUCCUGCGGCUGCCGCCGGCGCCUCGGACGCUGCCAUCUUGUCCUGGCGGCUGAGAGGAAGGAGCCCCAGCUCAGCCUGCUCAGUUCCCCAGGCCUCCGCCUCAUCUUCCCGGGGAGGGACUCGGCCCUCCCCCGGCCUCCUCCUCCCGCUGCCGCUCCUCUCUCCGGCGGCCUAGGCGCUGGGGCCCAUGGUUCACGCGGAGGGGCCCGCGGGACUCGCUGCACCUCAGUCCCGCUAGGACGAUGGCUGGGCUCGGUUCCCAGCUAUGGGGCCCUCCCUAGCGGAGACUGGGCGAGCUCUAGGCCUCCGCCGCAGCGGCAGCGCCACCGCCCGGGCCCUGCCUGCCGCGCUGCCGCCGCAAUCGGAGCUGCUGCCCAGAGCCCGGGCCCUGACCCCCGCUCAGCCCCGCCGAGGGAUCAGCCUCCCCGCCUGCUGCCCCGGUUCCCUUCCGCGCCAACCCCUCUGCCAGGCUCCUUGCUGGAGCCCAGGGAAGAGGCCCUUGCUCCCGCCCCUAGGAGAAGGUUGAAUCUUUCCCUUUUCCCCUCUUCGGGAGCCCCGAAAGCCCCUUGCUCCCUCUGCAGCCGCGGGUGAGCCCCUUGCCUGCAGGGGAAGUGCAAAGUCAAACUCCCUGGUUCAGCCAGGGCCCUCCCCCGGUGCAGUAACGCCUAAAUUUUCUAAUCUAGCGCUCUUUCUAGCUGGGGCUAUUAAACUCCUUCACAAAGGGGAGUAAACAUCAUUGGCUCCAUUUUACAGCUGAGGAAACUGAGGCACGGGAAAGUGCAAUGACUUUCCUGAACUUGUGUGUCGGGUCAGUGGUGGAGCCAGGAUUAGCACACAAGUCUCCUGGUUCCAGUCCAGUGCUCUUUGAAGUAGGUCACACAGGACAGGCUGAAAUGCCAGUGUGAUAUAUCUACUGUUCAUGCCCAGACUGCUGCGGGGUGGAGGAGGACAGAUUUGUGCUCACUCUUUAGGGAGCCCCUGACAAAUCUGGGUACCUUCCCCUUUACCACAGUCCUAACUGUGGCAUCUUUCCCAUUCCCACUCCUCUGGCUCACAGAAAUAGAGCUCGGGGGAGGAACCCACCGAUUUUUGGCUGGGGGGAAGUUUUUUGUUGUAACUUCAUUUACAUCAAAAUGAUACAUUUGGUCAAAGCAGGAAGCAUUACUUAAUGUCUGGUCCAAAUACACAGACAGUGGCAGGACACCUAACAGGAAUGGCCAUGCAGAUGGUGGUAAGGACAAGGGAUGGAUUCUCGCAACUUACAAGCUCAGACAAGAAGAAGAUGCAAUGCAGGGAGUUCCUGAGUUGUUUAAACCAGCACUGCUGCUUUAUAAGCUUCAAGUGUUCAUGUUCUGUCAGAGACUUCCCAUAGAAAGCAGCUCUCAGCAGCCAGGAGGGUCCACUGCCAAUCACCAACUGCCUUGGAACCUUCUGGCUGCACUAUUCCAUCCCUUCCUGGUUAAAUAGAUCCCUGAUGGCCAGAGAAAGAGAAGUUACUUACACUGUAGCAUCUAAAGUUCUCUGAGAUGUGCGGUCGAGAUCUAUAUUCCACUGGUGGACGUGGAUGUGCAUGUGCUGUAGGCACCUGAGACUGGAAGAUUCUUACGUAGUAGUGUCUAUUAAUCUGCACCUACACCCUUCUCAUGUUGCGAACCAAGAAUAUAAGGGGCAGCAUGGACAGACCGCUUCUCCAAUUCCUUCACCACCACGGACCAAGGCAGAUGGGAAGGAGGACAGGUAGCGGAAUACAGAUAAGGACCACACACCUCAAAUUACUUCAGAUAUUAUAAGGUUUGAUGUCCAUCCGAAUACCAACUGUGAAAUGGAGAGUGUGGGGGAUGUUGGACCUUGCCAUGUCCUGGGUCAAGGACUCUGGAAAGAACUGGAUGCUGAUGGAUGGACAGAUUGACAGGUGAAAAAGGCUGGAAAAUGGGAGUCAUGAGAAUGAUUAUUGCUGUAUCCUGUUGGAUCUUCUAUACAACUUGAGAAAAGAGUGGAAUGAGUGGAAAGGCAUCCAUGAGAUUAGCAGGGCAGUGCCCCAUAAGCCCUGACCCAGAGUCCCUCUGGAGCAGUACAUUUUGCAUUUCCUGAUCGCUUGGGAUGCAAAGAGAUCCUAAUACAGGGCUCUCCACUAAAUUGUGUAUCAUGGUCGGUCAAGAAAUGUCCAAUGAGGCUGUCUGCUGAGAACUGUGUUUUCCCAGAAGUCAACUGCUGAUAGGGUAGUCUCAUGUUGAAUGCCCCAGAUUCACAGACUGGCUGCUUCUAUGUAGAGAGGAGUGGGUCUUGCCCCUUCCUGCUGCUUGAUGUAGAACACUGUAGUUCUGUUAACCAGCAUCACUAGAAUAUGAUGGGAUCAUAUAACUGGUAAAAAAGCUUUGCAGGCUUCCUGGACAGCUCUCCCUUCUAGUAGGUUUAUAUGCAUUUUAGCCUCCUGAGAAGUCCAUAUGCUUUGUGCUGUAUCCAGGUGGGCACCCUAAAAAGUAGGAAUGCAUCUGUGUUCAGCAUUCUCUUUAGUGUGGGAGGGAGGAAGGGGACCCCCGCCACACACACACACACACACACACACAUAUCGUUGUUCACCUACCACUUUAGAGAAUCCUUCAGUCUGGGGGGGAUCGUUACUACUGUGUCCAUGAUGUGUUUUCUUGGCACACAAUCUGUUUGAAGCCAAGUUUAUAGACAUCAGAGAUGAAACCUUGCAAAAGAUGUCACAUGGGUGCAUGACACUAUGUGACCCAAGAGGAUAAGGCAGAAACAAACCGAUGUCUGUGGACUCUUCUCGGUUGAUUAAAUUGUUCAUUGACUGGAAUCUGUCUAAGGGAAGAUAAGCUUUUGCCCUGACAGAGUCCAGAGUUGCUCCGAUGAAUUCUAUAGUUUGUGUUGCAGACAAGAUAGACUUUUCUAAAUUCAUACAGUUCCCCAGUGAUGCCAGAAGACUCAGCAGAGAUUAAGUUGAUGUCAGAACUUUCGACCAGAACUUGCCUAUCAAGGAUCAAUUGUCUACAUAAGGAAAGACUAUCGAGCUGUUGUAACGGACACAUGCUGCUUCUACUGAGAAUACUUUUGUAAACAUUUGGGACUGCUUGUGAUAUUUCCACCUCAAUGCUGAUAUAUAUACCCAAGAAACAGGAGGGUUGCUGUUGAGUCUUUUAUGCUGUGUCUCCACUACUAGCUACAGGUUUCAGGUUCAGGCAAGUACAUAGUCAACUAAGCCAUGUCUCCGCUACCCAUGCUACCAUCCCCACACCACUCGUGCUAGUUCGAUGUCAGGCACAUGGAAUGCAUGCGUAAGACACAUAAGGACCAGCAUUAGAAGAACCUUCUGAUCCCACUGUUAAAGUAAUAUCACCAAAACAUUCACAGGAGAGAGCAAAGCAAUAUUUUUCCCACAUGACAAUAGCAGCACUUUCUCUUGCUCUCACAGUUCCUGACACAAUCACAGGAAUGCACACAGGAGGGCAUUUUACCUCUCAUACCACAAUUACCUUGAAAAUAUCAGUGGCUGGCUGCAGGACUAGCCAACUGCUGCAAAUUGGAUUCUUGACUCUGGUGGUAACACUCAGCCCACACAGGGUGAAGAGGCAGUAAGAAGGAGCUACUGUUCCUCCAAAUAACAGCCAACCCCAAGGUAAAAUCUUGGAUUAGAGCAAGUAACUGAGUUUUACAUACUUAUGUUCCCUUUUUUCAUUUAAUGUAACCUGCAAUCUAUACACGUAGCCAGUCUAUGCAAACAUGCGUAUCCUUUUACUCUUGUCUUCUCCCCACAACACACUCCAUUUUAUUUGCAACACCCUCAUGCAUAUUUAUUUCUCAGAAAGGUACACCUGUUGUUGAAAAUGAAGAACUUGUAAGCUGUAAAUAAAAAACACAAGAAUGCAAAGCCAAGCUCCCACAUAUUAACUACAUAGGUUUUUGAAUCUGCCCUUAAAUACUGACACGUUUUUACUAAUUUACUUACUUUUUAAGCACUUGAUUUAUUAAAACUUUUUGACUGACUCAGUGUGAAUGUGCUAAAGCUUGGUUGAAGCUGAAUUGUGCAGAUCUUCUAAAAAUUUACAGUAUUCUGAGUUCAGCUGUCCUGAGUUCAGUGAUUUUUUUUUUUAAUCUCAGUUUUCCACCAGUUUUGAUGCCACACACUGUGAUAUGACCUCCUCAUAAACAGAUUUGGAGUCAAAAUCUGGAUUUUAAAUACUAGAAGAGAAGGAAGGAACUCAGGAUUAUAAAGCUCUGGGCUUACCUUUGAAUUUUAGAUCAGUCAUUUUGGCUAAGUAAUGGAAAGUUUCCAAAGCUUCUCUGCAUUGUUUUUCAAUGUUGUCCUUAUGUUGUUCCAGAUUUUUGUUAAUUAGAUCAAGCCAGAUUUCCACUCAAACUACAACAGUAUAAUCAUGAGUAAAUAAUCUGUCAAAUCCCUCUGAAACCUCCUUCAAUUGUUUUUUUUUAAACAUAAUGCCUUUCUGUAGAGUCCUUUAUUGUGUAAAGUAUGUGCUGUGUUAUGACUAAAGGCCGCCUUGUGUACAGUGCAAAUUUCAUCAUACUUGGGACAGCUGAACAUAAAUUGAAGACACAGUC